UCCCGGCGCCCACUUUCAAAAUGGCAGCCGGAAGGAAGUGUGCGAUAGGACCAGCGGGAGAAUAUAAUUAAGCCCAUUGGAAGGACUUCCGGUCUGCUGGCAAGAUGGCUGCGCCCAGUGGUGGGUUUCAACCUCGUGAGCGGAGCUUUGGGGAGGAGGAUGAGAAUUGGGAUGCUGCCGCGCCCAAGAGGCCCCGACUCGGAGCAGGAAGCAAGACCGGAGGCCGUCGGUUCAUUGUGGUGCUGGAAGGAGCCAGUCUGGAGACGGUCAAGGUAGGGAAGGCGUAUGAACUACUCAACUGUGACAAGCACAAGUCUAUGUUGCUGAAGAACGGGCGGGACCCUGGGGAAGUAAGACCAGACAUAGCCCACCAGAGCUUGCUGAUGCUGAUGGACAGCCCGCUGAACCGGGCCGGCCUGCUGCAGGUGUAUAUCCACACGCAGAGGAACGUGCUGAUUGAAGUCAACCCCCAGACCCGUAUCCCCAGGACAUUUGACCGCUUCUGCGGCCUCAUGGUUCAGCUUUUACACAAACUGAGCGUCCGAGCAGCUGAUGGCCCCCAGAAGCUUUUGAAGGUAAUUAAGAACCCAGUGUCUGAUCAUUUCCCAGUUGGCUGUAUGAAAAUUGGCACUUCUUUUUCCGUCCCGGUCAUCAGUGAUGUGCGAGAGUUGGUGCCCAGUAGCGACCCUAUUGUUUUUGUAGUGGGGGCCUUUGCGCAUGGCAAGGUCAGUGUGGAGUACACGGAGAAGACAGUGUCCAUCAGCAACUACCCCCUCUCUGCUGCCCUCACCUGUGCCAAGCUUACCACGGCCUUUGAGGAGGUGUGGGGGGUGAUCUGAUGGCAGCAGAACCUGGUUCUGAACCAAAGGACUAUCAGCCCCCUGGCCCUGCUGUGAAUGGACUGCGGCCAGCCGACCUUUCAGCACGGAGCCUGGAGCCCAGGAAGCCCAUGCUGUACAUUUGCUCUUCAUUUGUCCUAUAAAUGUGUUUUUCUCAA